UAUGGAUCGCUAAGAUUUCUUUCUCUCUGUAUUCCUAAUUUCUUAUGGCUGCUCUUCUUCUUCUUCCUCUGCUGUUCUUCUCUUUGAUGUCGACUGAGGGAGUCGGACAGAAUGUGGUGCAGAAAUCGGUGUACGUGUUCGGAGAUUCAUUGGCCGACGUGGGGAACAACAACCACCUCGUGACGAUUCUUAAGGCCAACUUUCCACACAAUGGCGUCGACUUUGCCGGUGGCAAGGCCACCGGCCGCUAUUGCAACGGCAAGAACGCCGCUGACUUUCUCGCUGAGAAACUUGGCUUGCUAUCACCACCACCUUACUUGGCCAUCAACUCCAGCCCUAACAACUCACAAUUAUUCCUCAAUGGAGUCAAUUUUGCUUCAGGUGGUGCAGGAGUCUUAGACAGCACUAACAAAGGUGAAUGCCUCUCACUGAACAAGCAAAUAGACUACUUCUCUACUGCGUAUGCAUCAAUGGUGGAGGAGAUUGGAGCUGUCCAAGCACACUCACAUUUCUCCAGCUCCAUCUUUGCCUUUCUCAUAGGAAGCAAUGACAUCUUUGCCUUUCUGAAGAACAAAAAAGCCACCCCAUUGCAGUUUGUUGGCUCUCUCAUCUCUACUCUGCAACUACAGCUGAAGAAAAUGUACAAUUUUGGAGCUAGAAAGUUCGUCUUCAUUGGAACUGGGCCGCUUGGUUGCUGCCCAGCGCAGAGGAAACAGAGUAAAUCUGGGGAUUGUGAUGCCUCAGCUAAUGCUGUUUCUAAUCUCUAUAAUCAAGCAGCGGCUUCUCUUCUUCAAGAUAUGAAGUCACAGUUCAAUGACAUGAGCUAUUCCUUCUUCAACACCUCUCUUGCAUUGUUAGAACUCAUUCAUGACAGUACAAAUUAUGGAUUUACUGAGACAAAGGCUGCAUGUUGUGGGUUGGGAAACUUGAAUGCUCAGGUGGCCUGCACACCUGUCUCUGCUCUCUGUUCUGACAGAAAGAACCAUCUCUUUUGGGAUUUAUACCAUCCUACAGAGGCCGCCGCCGCGAUCCUCAUCUCCGACGCCGUCUACGGGACUUCGCCGCUUGUUUAUCCACUGAAUGUGAGGCAACUGAGUGUUCUUUGAGAUUAUUAGAGCAUUCUCUAAUAUUUCAUUUACUUCAGAGUUGCAAAUAAAGAUCAUAUAGAGUUUAUGAAAGUAUAUAAAUGGUAGCCAAAUGGCAAUGUUUAAUUACUUAGAAAUUGGAUUUUGAUGUUCUAUAAAGCUUAUGAUUGAAGUGUAUUGAUUUUUUUUCU